UAAAAUUCUCCAUAGCUAAAACAGUCAGCCGCUAGAAAUUCAAAUUUGCAUUUGCUGAACGAUGAAGCUCCUCCGUCAUCACCACCGUGUUCCAUUCACCGCCAUCCUUAAAACCACCUUUCACUCACCGCCACCCCCAAAACCUUUCAUUCAUCACCGUGCUUCAUUCACCGCCAACCCCAUAACCACCUUUCGCGCCAUGCCGCCAAACGUUAACACUCAAAACGUCAUGAUCCGCCGCUUUGCCUCCGCCGCUGGAAAUUCAGAAUCAGAAUCGCCGGACGUAGAUACUUACAACAAGAUGAUAGCGGCGAGUUGCAAGGAGAAUAAGGUGGGUGAAGCGCUUGGGUUCUUGAAAGCAAUGAUUGAGAAAGGUAUGGAGUCGAAUUCGAUUCCGUUCAAUGAGGUUAUUAAAGGAUUGUGCGCUGAAGCGUGGUGGAUGAGAGAGGCUCAGAAGCUCGUUGAGGAGAAGAAUCUGAAUCCGGAGAGGGCUUUGGGCGUUUGGAUCAACAUCUCUAUGCUUGAGAAUCUGAGACAUGCUGUUGAGCUUUAUGAUCAGAUGCGUGUGAGGGGGUUGAGUCCCAAUGAGAGUACCUACACGACCCUCAUUGAUGCCAUAUGCAAGCAGGUUCCGGUUGGUAAUGAGGCUUAUACGUUUUUGAGGGAAAUGAUUGAUAGUGGGUUUUCGCCCUCGCGGCUUCAUGCUGAUACGUAUGAGAAGCUUAUAGAGGGCAUGUGCGAUCCCUGGAACCGAAGUCCGUCUGAAGCUUUUGAUCUGUUCCGAGAGAUGUUGCGCCGGGGUGUGUCGCCAAAUAAGCAUACUUAUAAUAGUUUGAUGAAUGUUUAUUGUGUUGUUGAAGGUGAGUUCAGUAAGGCUUUUCAUAUACAUGAUGAAAUAAUGAAGAAGGGGUUUUUGCCUGAUUUUGUUUGUAAGUUUUCACCGUCUCUUGUUACUUACAACGCGCUUAUUUAUGGGUGUUGCUCUUUGGGGAGGGUUGAGGAGGCUGUGGGGAUUAUGAGGGGCAUGGUUGAGAUGGGUUUGUCCCCUGAUGAUGUUAGUUAUAGCCUUGUUAUAUCCGGGUUUCUCCGAACCGGGGAGAUGAAGAGGGCGUUUGAUAUGUUCCAUGAAAAGGAGAUGAAUGAAAACGGAAAAUAUUGGCAGCACGGCCUGUUUGAUAUUUAUUCAUCACUUAUGGAUGGCGACCUGUUUGAUGAGGUUAUGUAUACUAGUUUGAUAAAUACUUAUUUAGAUGAAGCUGAAUGGCUUAAGGUUGUUAAAUUGUAUGAUGAGAUGUCAUCUCAUAGCGAUUUGCCAUAUUCUCUUACAUAUAUUUUGCUUUUAAAUGGACUUGAUAAGAAAGCUUGGACAAGAGAAACUAAGAAGAACGUUCUGAACUGGAUAUAUGGUAUGUUUUGGCAUAUGGAAUCUUAUAUUCCUACUUAUUUAACAUAUGAUAUUCUGAUAGAGAACUGCAGUGAUAAUGAGUUUAAGAAUGUGGUAGGGCUUGUCAAAAGUCUCUACAUGAGGGAUGUAGAGAAUAUUGAAGCAGAAAAAGCUUAUGACACAAUGCUUCAGUGGAAUUAUAAGGCAGAUGGAACAGUUUGUAAUUUAUUAAUAUUUGAACAUUGUAGAUGUGAUAAUGAUAAUGUCCAUAAGGCGUAUAAUAUGUACAAGGAGAUGGUGCAUUAUGGUUUUGCUUCUCAUAUGUUAUCAGUACUUGCUCUUAUUAAGGCUCUAUCUCAGAAAGGAAUGGACAGUGAGCUGAAUUGGGUGAUUCAAAACGUAUUGAGGAGCUGUGAUCUCAAUGGUUCUGAGCUACAUAAAGCACUUAAUGAAAUUGACAUCAAGAAAGAUAAAAUUGAUGCUCUUAUGAAUGUGCUAGCUGAAAAAGCCAUGGAUUGCCUGUUACUUAAUGGUGGUAAGUGUUCAUAUGCUUCAGCAAGUGCCUAAUAUCUUUGGUUUUGCUUGUUGAACUCUGUUACCAUGCAUAAACCUGGAGCUGACUCUACCAGCUUGCAUCUAGCAUGAUUUGGCUUGGAGGACUUGCAUAUGGAAAGUUCUUUACCAGGUUAAUCAUUUCCCUUAUCUAGCAUGAUGUGUCUUGGAGACUUAAAUGUUUUUAAUCUCAUUUCAUUGUUUGUUUGUAGAUUUACUUAAUAUUAUGACACUAAUGCAAUGAAAAAGUUAUUUCUUUCUUAGGUCCCACCUAAUGUGUCCGAAGGAUUAGAGAUUCUAUUGAGUUUUUUUUUUUUCAAAUAAUGCACAAUUAUUUUUUUGAGAAGUAUGGUUUGUUUUGGCAACGUGGGAUGGUGACUUGGCCUACUUUGUAAAAGCAAAUUAGUGGCCGACAUAAUCCAUCACAAGCUAAAAAUAGCUGUCAAAGAAAAUUAUGGUUCUCUCUUUCCUUCAACACCAAAAUACCAAAUCACACCAUUGUUAUCAUAUUAAGGAAUUUCAUUGUUCUUUUAUCUUCCCAUAUCUAUGUUCUUAGUUAAGGCCAUAUCAGUUUGUAUCUUAAUGAGGCUGGCAAUGACUUUAAAGAUUACCAUUUCUGUAAGAAUUCUUUACUACAUCACUAAGUCACUACAACAUUUUGGUCCUACGACAACGCCUUUCAUUGCUACGCAUGAUAAACCGUUGCCUUAGAGGACGUAAGAAAACGGUUUUGCUUUUGGUUUGCGUAGUUGGUCAAUUUUUCAUCGGAAACGGUUUUCUUAUACCCACGGUUACAGAACCGUUCCCCAUUAGAAUUAAUUUAAUUUCAAAUUAAAAUGUUUUAUUCCCAAAUAACCAAAUAUACACUUAACCCCUUUUUUUUACCAAAAAAUCGUUAAAUCCCUUUUUUCAUCGUAAAAUUCUCUCUAUCGAUCGCAUCUCGCAUUCUCGCUCCAUCAAUCCGCAUCUUGCUCCAUCGAUCUGCAUCUUGCUCCAUCGUUCGCAUCUCACAUUCUCACUCCAUCGAUCCGCAUCUUGCUCCAUCGAUCUGCAUCUCGCGAAGCUCCAUCGAUCUUCAUCUCGUGCAAGAUCGAGCACACGAACUGCUCCUGCUUCAAUCGACCAAGAGAUCAGUUCUACCAAUCGAGCUUCACUCUUCCCUUAGCUUCAGUUCUGUUAAUCGAGCUUCACUCUUCCCAGACUCAAGAAACAAACUAUAUCUGAAUGCAACCUUAACUAUAGUUGCAUACACACGGAGAGUUGCAUAUGACACCCUCCGGUCACAUAUAUAAGCAAAAAACACUUUUUAGAUACAUUCAUUAAAUGAAUGAACCUAAAAAGUGUUUUUUGCUUAUAUAUGUGACCGGGGGUUGUAUCUAUCUAUUUUAAGGUAGACGAUUUCAAUGCAAAAAGAGAGGAAGAUGUAAGUGCAUAUGCUGGUUAAGUGGUUAUGUGGGUAAGAUAACUUCUAGAACUUCGUUUUUUGUCUUCGAUCAUCAUAAGAUCGCUAUUUGUUCUUAUAUGACCGUGAACUUGUUGUAGGAUCGGCAGAUAUGCUUGGCAGAGCUUUGACAGCAGUAUUAUGGGGAAUAAUAGCUGACCGUUAUGGUAGAAAACCCGUUAUAAUUACAGAGAUCAUCUCUGUGAUCAUUUUCAGCACCCUUUUGGCCUUAGCACUAACUUUUGGAUGGCUGUGUUUAUGCGAUUUGUUCUUGAAGUUUAAAUGGUUUGCUUGUUCCAAUGAUGGCUUAUUGUACUGAAAUAUUUCGAGAAGAAAAGCAAGCUCUAGGACUCUCUACGUAUAGUGCAGCUUGGGGCAUAGGUCUAGUCCUUGGGCCAGCAUUAUUAAGUUAUUUGGCUCAGCCAACAUUGGAAUACCCACAUCUAUUUCCAAGUGAUUCCUUUUGGGACAAGUAACUAGUUCUUUUCCUGAUUCUUAGUCUACUAACCUUUUGGGACCAAAGAUUUUGACAUCUACCCUUAGUUGUCGUUAAUUGUUGAUGGGCGAAUGCUAUGUUGGUCGGUGAUUUCAGCAUAUGCCUAAACUGACUCAAUUUGGUUGUAUGCCGACACUAAGUGGUGUUAGUCUUUCUGACGCUAAAUUUAAGUGAGUUACGUUUUUAAGCUUUGCGUCGCCUUUUUCAACACUAAAAUACUGAUAGUGUUGGUGUUGUGGCCGACACUAAUUUUUUAGGCUAAAGUGGCUCUUUCUUGUAGUGAACUUGGAGCGAAAUCCAUCGUGUAUUCCACCUUUGGGGAGAUUGAGGAGAAGGAUUCGCACGAAUAGGCAAGCAACAAAGAAGUCCACCAAAAGAAUCAAAUACCACAUUUUUACCAAACAUUUGAAGACAUUAUGUUUAUGAGUGCUUUCACUUAUAUAAGAAUCACCACCACAUGACCAUUCUUCCUCUGAGUUGAAGCUAUCCAUACUUGUAGGACACAUCGCCUGAGCAUCAGUGCAGAAAAUAUUUUCAAUACAACAUGUCGUUAUCAUGGUUGCACUCACCAUAAACUCUAAUAUUCCUUAUUGGCGGAGUGAAAGAGAGUUGAAAAAGUAGAACUUCCACCGAUGACCCAAAAACUAAAAUCCACCUAAGGAACCGAAAACCAUAAUUUUACACAAAACCUUAUGACAUUAUAUGUUGUUGUGUGACAUCUUUAAUAUUAUUUUAAAAGUUACCCCACCCAUUCUUAUCUAAUGUUAGAAUCCAAGUCACACUUUUAAUACCAAACAUUACCCAUAUUAAAAUUUAGCAAGCCAGAAACGAGUAAAAUGAGAAGGGUAAAACAACUGCAAGUUGGUUGAAACUCAGGUAGCACAGUAAUAAUUUCGUAUCUUUUAAAAUACUUGUUUAUACAUGUCCUGCCUGAUCUUCAGCAAUUUUCACGGACACCCUCUAUCUCUUCCCCUGUCACUAUCUGCCUUCUAUAAUUCCACUCUUCUCUCUCCUUCCAAAUUUUUUCUUCUUCUUCUUCCCUUUACUUAAUGGUCUGUGACUCUCUGCUUAUGUCACGAGUUUCCUCGGGUUCUCUCUCCCUCCCUUCACCAAUUGGUUCCUUUCCAUUUUCUAACCCCUUUUCUAAGUUCCAACACGCAACCCUCAACGUCACACACCCUCUUCCACAUUAAUUAAUACCCUAUAUCUUACUAUUCUUUUUCAUUCAUCUCUUUUUCUCUCUUGAUAUUCUGAGUCUUCUCUUCUCUUAUGCUCUGUCUCCUUCACCUUUCAACCAAUCAACCACAGAUCAAACAUCCCCUUUAUUCUCCUCUACUCAUCAUUUUUAUUUCACCCUUUUCAUCAGUCAAUACUUUCCCUCUGCUUUGAUUUUAUUCCUUAAUUUGUGUUCACACAAAAAAUCAUCUUUAUUUUAUCCCCUGCUUUAUAUACUAACCCUGAAACAGAGCUUUUGCUGUUUUGUUCCAUAUGGGGCUUUCUGAAAACGUGCAAGUAGAAGGAGCCUUUGAAUCAGAUAACAGAAAAUGGGUAAUUGCUGGAAUUGCUUUACGUGCACCCUUGAAGCCAAUAUACACUGCACAUGUGGAGAAGGAAAUCAGAGAAGACUCUGAACCAGAGGAGUGUUUAACAACGCCAACAGGUGAGGAAUCAAGGAUACCAACUGUGUUCACGUGUCCACCUGCUCCAAGGAAGCGAAAGCCUUCUUUGCAGUGCAAUUAUCGUGGUGUGGUGAGAAAGUUCUUCACGCCACAGGAGUUAGAAACUGUGUUCAUUCAAAGGGCUAAUUGAAUUGAAUUGAAUUGAAUCACACAAGAUAUGGAAAAGCAGAGAUUAAAGUAGCAAGUGGUGUUGUCCUCUCUAGCUAGCUUUUAGCAUUUUCCUUAAUUAAUUGUGUACCUUAGUUUUUUUCUCUAGUUGAAGUGUUUUUUAUGUUUUAUCUUGAGUUACUAGACUUUCCUUCUGUAGUUCAAACUUCAAAGAUUAGGACUAUUUUGUACAGAGCAGGUUAAAAUGAAUAAAAUUGCACCUUAAGCUUAGCUCC